GUUCACUUUAACUCACAGUAAACUCAGUUUACAUUCUCAUUCUCCGCCUUCUCUCCCACCUGGAAAUCCCAAAAUUCUUUUGAUUCGCGUAAUGGAACCAGCAAAAAUCGACUGGAACAGAAUAGACUCCCGCUUCACUGAGGACUACACUUAUGAACACAUCAACGCUCCUAAAUGGGUUGAUUUCUUGGCCCUUGAUCAACAAUCCAUUGACGAUGAUGCCUGGUUCUGCACUCCCGAGUGUAACCAUCCCAGGACUGCGCAGGAUUUUCUUCAAGCCUCGCCUCUUUCCAAGGCUCCACAACGAUCGGUUACUGGAGGAGGAAGUCGAAGCUCCCCAUUUCGCGAAUUGAAUCAAGGAGACGCUAAACUGAAGAGAAGAGGGCAGACGCAAACCCAAAUUCAAUCAAAGAUUGAUGAUAGUGAAAACCAGAACCCGAAUUUGUCAAUUCCUCCGACGAAUCAGCAAGCCAAGUCUUUGAAAGCGGCAAUCAAGUCGAGCAGUGAAAGAAAGAAACAGAUGGCGAGGGUUGAUAUCUCCCAGUCCCCGAGUGAUGAGAUUCAACUGCUGAAAACUACUUUGUCUACUAGGAACUUGUUUGCUAGUAGGGAUAUUCUGAGUCAUAUAAGCGAGUUUUGCAACGAGCUGAAGAAAUUGGCGACCAGGGCAAGGGAGAGAAAAACAGAUGAAAGAAUGGGUGAGGAGAAGAUUCAAGCCGAAGAGGCUGUGGUGGAGAAAGAGAGGAAGCCAUUGUUUGAUCUGGGUCAAGAGAAAAGUGAUGUGAUGCAGAAAGAAAAGAUUAAAAAGAAAAAUUGCAGAAGCAGAACACAGGAGGCAGAUGCAGAGAACAUGGCCCCUCCUCUGUCUCUUAAUUUAGAGAAUGUAAAGCAGAAAGAGAAAGAAGGGUUGCUGCAAAUACGAACCAAUCCACCUUCUCCACAGUGCUUUUCUGCCACCAAAACCGCUACGCCUUCUAAGGCUCCCAGAUCCAGACUGAUGGAGAGUGGGAUCCUUCAAGAAGUGAAGCAAAACAAGGAUAUCAAAACAGGAAGCAGUGUCUCUACUUCUAUUACUACCAAUGCUAAUGUUACGGAUGGAAGACAAGCAAGAGCGUUGGAUGUAUUUUGGUUCCUCAAGCCUUGCACACUGUCCGAGUAAACAAUUUGGUAAAUCCAAAUUAAGCUUUCAUUCUUUGAUUCGUAUUACUGGGAACUUAUCUGUUCAGCUCCAUAUUCAAAAGUGUUAGCUCCAACAGCUCUUUCUCU